AUGAAAGAAAUCAGAACUAUUAUGAGACGAGGAAGGAGAAAUCGAUGCUUACCUGUUGAUGUGAGGAAGGAACUUCGAUUGGUGCUUGCUGGUUGCGAGAGAAGAAAGGAUUCGUUGAAAUGGAGGCGUUGCGUUAGGGAAAGGGUACCAGGGGAAACUUUUCUCCUUUUCUUCAGUCAGUCGAAUUUCUAUUCCUUUCCCGGUCAGACGUGUAUUUCCGAAUCAGGUGGUGAGACAGUUUCAGAGCCCGAUGUUGUAGAAGAGUCCUUGAUCACUGGUAUGGAAACCUUUUCUGUUAAUUACAAGGAUUAUCAAGCCAUGGUGGCACAGCUUGAACAUCAGUUUCGACUAGGAAGACUCUCAAUACAAGGAUUAUGGUUCUAUUGUCAGGCCAAGAUAAUGGCUGGUAACUAUUUGGUGAGAUCAUUGCUUGAGAAGAUGAUAGAAUCUGCAAAUUCUGCUUAUCUUGGCAUACUUGAAAGGUGGGUGUAUGAAGGAGUUAUUGAUGAUCCUCAUGAUGAGUUCUUCAUUGCUGAAAACAAAUCUCUCCAAAAAGAGAGUCUGACCGAAGAUUAUGAUGCUAUGUAUUGGAGACAAAGAUACAGUCUGAAAGAUGAUAUUCCUUCUUUCCUUGCAAAUUCAGCUGAAACCAUUUUAACAACAGGGAAAUCUUUGAAUGUCAUGAGGGAAUGCGGCCACACUGUUCAGGUGCCUGCAUUGGAGAAUUCAAAAUUGAUGAACUUUGGGUCGAAUGAUCACUAUCUUGAAUGCAUUAAAUCUGCUUAUGAUUUUGCAAGUGGCGAAUUACUAAAUCUCAUGAAGGACAAGUAUGACCUGAUUGGAAAGCUGUGUUCUAUUAAGCAUUAUCUUCUUCUGGAUCAGGGUGAUUUCUUGGUUCAUUUUAUGGAUAUUGCACGUGAUGAACUUGAUAAAACACCAAAUGAGAUCUCUGUUGAGAAGCUUCAGUUUAAUUUUCCGUCUCUGUUGGACCUUGCACUGUGUUUGACAGCAGCAGCAGCAGAUCCUUUGCAUGAAGAUGUCAUAUGUUCUGUGGACACAGGUUCUUUGUUAAAGAGACUGAGCAUUCUGAAAGAUCUUCAAACAGGUGGUGGUGGUGGUGGUGGUGAGUCAGUUUCAGAGGCUGUAGAAGAAGAGCCCUUGAUCACUGGUAUGGAAACCUUCUCUGUUAAUUACAAGGUUCAAUGGCCAUUAUCUCUUGUGAUAUCAAGAAAAGCUCUGACAAAAUAUCAAUUAAUUUUUCGAUUUCUGUUUCAUUGCAAACAUGUUCACAGACCGCUUUGUGCAGCCUGGCAACUACAUCAAGGUGCACGUGCACGUGAUAUGCAUGGAACUGCAAUCUCUACAUCAUCAAUACUAUGCAGGAAUAUGCUUAAAUUUAUAAAUAGCCUUCUACAUUAUCUAACCUUUGAGGUUCUUGAACCAAAUUGGCAUGUUAUGCAUAAUAAGCUUGAGAAUGCAAAGAGCAUAGAUGAGGUAAUUCAAUAUCAUGACUUUUUCAUGGAGAAGUGUCUCAAGGAUUGUUCACUUCUUUCUCCAAUCCUCCUCAAGAAAUUCGAGAAACUGAAACUUGUAUGCCUUCAGUAUGCUUCUGCAACUCAGUGGCUAAUGAGCUCCAUUGAAGCUCCCCAUUCAAACAGUUCCAUUGAUGAUUCACAUUCAUCUUCAUUGGAAAAUGUAACGGUUUUGAAGCUAAGAAAGUCUUCCAAAAAACCAAAUUCACCCACAGAUGAGUCUACAGUCAUGGAAUGUGUCUUAAAAUUUGAGAGGGAGUUCAGUAGUGAGCUGGAGAGUUUAAGACCAAUAUUGAGCAGCAGGGCACAGGCAGAACCAUAUUUGACUCAUCUUGCACAGUUGAUUCUUGGUGUUGGUAUGGAUCACCACAUCUAGAUUUUUUUUUUCUUGUUGGUUGUUGUUUGUAGUGGUUUUUUUUGUAUAUAUAUGUUUUGGAAUCUGAGUGUUUUUGCUUGCAUGAUGAACCACUUGUGUAGAUUUCAUUUUAUAGUAGUAAAACAUGGAUCAUCUGGAUUUGAUUUUAGCCAAACACAAUUUGUUUCUUGUUAUUAAAAUGA